AUGAAGAAGUUUUUUAGCUUCCCUAGUAAGAAGGGCGGGUCGUCCUUUCGCGUUACCAGCUCGCGGAGGGACGGCCCGGGCAUCCUGCGUGAGAAGAGAAUUGGAACCAACAGCUUCGGGUCAGGGUACAACAUCCGAAACAAAGAUCUCAGAAAGAUCCACAAAGUUGCCAGCAUGGGCAACGUAAGGAAGCUGCAGGAGAUUCUAUUUUUCGGGAAACAGGGCGUGGACGAAAGAGACAAGAUGAACAGGACUGCUCUCCAUUUGGCCUGUGCCAAUGGCCAUCCAGAUGUCGUUGCUGUCCUAGUGGAAAGGAAAUGCCAGCUUGACCUCUUUGAUAAAGAUUAUAGGACUGCUCUGAUGAAGGCUGUACAAUGUCAGAGUGAGAGAUGUGUGACCGUUCUUCUAGAACACGGUGCUGAUCCAAAUCUUACGGACAUUGCUGGCAAUACUGCUCUCCACUAUGCCGCCCUUGGUUCGAAUACAUCAAUAGCAGAGAAGCUGCUUCUACAUCAUGCAAAUAUUGAAGAUGAACUCACACCAUUUUUACUUGCUGUAAGUGAGAACAAACAGCAAAUGGUGGAAUUUUUAAUAGAAAAAGAAGCAAAUGUACAUGCAGUUGAUAAGUUGCAAAGAACAGCCCUCAUGCUUGCUGUACAUUAUGAUUCUGCAGAUCUAGUCAGGGUUCUUCUUCAGCAAGGUAUUAAUAUCUUUUCUGAAGAUGCGUAUGGAUGGACUGCAGAAGAAUAUUCUAUUUUUAAUGAUCUUAAAGUUAUUUCUGUUAAACCUGGUACUGAUGAUUCAUGGCCUACAUCAGAUGAUGAAGACUUUAAUUUUGAUAUCAAGGGUACAGAACUCUGGAUUAAGAACUAG